AGAGAGGAUCGGAAGCUUUAAACGCGUUGAUAUUACCGUUAACAAAAUGCUAACAAUUACCUUUUUAUUCAAUUUACCAUGGUGUUUAUAAAGUAAACGACAUUUGAGACAAAGAGUUCCUCAGCCUACACGACGAGUUUGUCUUUUUAAAUAACAAACAAAGAUGGAUUCUGCUCUUGAGAAUCCAGUUUAUCAAGUUAAGGAUCGCCUGUUUAGCGCACAUCCGUCUUCAUUUCAUAAUGAUUUUUUUGAAGAACCAAAAGAAGAUAUCCAAUUCAUUAGCUCUCCGUCUUCAUUUUUGAGGCAUGCAAAUGAAAGCCAAAACGAAACACUAAAAAGACGUGAGCGUCGUAAAGGAGUUAUAUCGAGUCCUAUCUCACCUAAUUUUAUUAAACAAGUGGAAGUACCAGAAAAAUUAACAUAUAGAGAAAGUGGUUUAAAGAAACUUAAAUCUGGGUCGCUUGAAUCUAUCGCUCGAUGGGAAAAAGAAAAUGAAUUUUUGUUUACAUUAAUUGAGGACGAGUGCGAUUGGUUAUCGCGGUUAUUUCCAGACGAAAAAAUAGACUCUAGUAAUUUUUUUCAGUAUUUAGAAGAUGGCGUUCUGUUAUGCAAGCUUUCAAAAUUAUGCCAAAACUACUCAGAUGAUUGUGCGAGAAGAAAUAAAGUUCCGUUUCGAACAUUUAACAUUGUAAUCCAUCCACGUAUAAAAUGCCGUGGAAAAAUUGGGCAGUUCAUGAGUCGAGAAAAUGUUGAGCUUUUUUUAAAAUGGUGUCGCUAUCAUGGUAUUCCAGAGCCUAUUUUGUUUGAAUCUAAUGACGUAGUUGAAAAAACUGACCAAGAUGGUCUUCGUGAAGGAGCCCGUGAAAUUGUAUUAUGCUUAAUGGAAGUUGCACGUUUAGGAGUAAAGUGGGGCGUUGAGCCUCCGAAAUUAAUUCAGUUGGAACAAGAAAUUGAACGAGAAGAAAGUUUUGACGCAGCAUCAGAUGAAAGUGGUAGUACUAUAUCAGUCGACUCUGGUUUUGAUGCAAUUGAUUUUGACAAUAAUAUGUCAGCUACGGAAAAAAUUAACGCAAGCGAAACAGAAGAAAAAAAACAAAAACAAACUUCCGAUAUUAACAUAAGUAAAAGCUCGGUCAAUAAAUCAGAUCUUCAUAAUAUGGUGACUAGUUUGAUUGAAGCAUACCAAAUUCAAAAGGCUACAAGACUCAAAGAGGGGAAAUACAUUAUUUUAGGUCGAGUGAUGUUUGUGAGGCUUUUAAACAACCAUUGCAUAGUUCGAGUUGGAGGGGGAUGGGAUACUCUAGAACAUUAUCUCAUGACUCACUUAUCUUCUGCUAUUGAUCCUACCAGUUUUGAAAAAUCUUCAGAUCAUAGUUCACCUGCUUCUAGCAUAGAAACAUCAAGGAAAAAAUCUUUUUUUAAAUCGAAAAAAUCACUACUCACUAAAUCAACUCCAAACCUUCAAAAUAUAUUUGCAGACGUAGAAUUUGCUGAUAUUUCGCGUACGCCGCCUCAUUUGUUUUCUCCUCCGGAUUCACGCCCGCCAUGCAGCAAAGACCCAUAUAUUGAGAUAAAGAAAAAAAAGUUGUACGACGAUAGAAAAAUUUCACAGGCAAUUUUAAGGGUGUCAGUUGAUGUUAGUAAUAUGAAAAAAGCUGCUUCCUUAGAUUGGACUCAAAAAACCUUUGAUAAGUGGAGGCAAUCUUCUUUUGAAAGUUCUUCACAAAAUGAAAUUAACAUUGUUCCGGCAGUAGAAAAGAAUGGAAUAAUACCUAAGGUAAUAUCUUCUGAGACAUUAUCUGAAAAAGAUCUUUCUCAAGAUUUUACUGAAAUUUCUUUAAAAAACGAAUUAGAAAAAGAGUUAGAAAGUUAUUCUAUAACAAGUCUUUCACCACUUAAAGAAGAACAUUCAAAUAAUAAUGAAACUAUGAAUUGUAAACAUGACUGUAAACAAACUAUAAAUUGUAAAGAUUCAAAUGAUACCUCUUCACCAAGUGUUUCUACUAAUCACAAAAUAAAUAAAGAAAAUAGCGAAUCAGCUGUUACACCUAAAAAAAAUGACACAAAAAAAGAAGCAACUGUAGCUCAAAAGUCCAAAAUAGGUUCACCUCUUUCCAUUAAUUCAAAAAAAAGUUCACCUCUUUCCACUAGUUCUAAGCCACUUUCAAAUAGUAUAACAAAAAGUAAUAAACCAAUUACAAAAAAUACUUUAACAUUAAGAAAAAGUUUGUCUACUUCAAGUUUAUUAGAAAAAAAUUCAUCGAAACCUUUUGACAAACAGUCAUUAAGAACUGAUAAAACUAAAUCAAUCAUGGACAAUACCAGAAAAAAAUCAGCUACAAGUAGUAUUAGCAAUUUAUCGAAUCGAUCACCAACCCAAUUUAAGAAGCCAAAUGGAGCUUCAAAUUUAGGAAAUGAGGAAAAGCAACAGCGUAUUAAAGUAUCAGAAAAAAACAGAUAUGAAACUUUGUCAUUAGCAAAAGCUAAAUUCUCCGUUACAAAGAACAAACCGAAUGAAGAUACAGCGAAAAGUCUCUUAGUAAAACCUUUAAAAAAAAGUGAAAAGACUUUACCACUGCCAAAAAGUAAACUCUCUAUAGCAAGAAAAACAUCAAAUGAUAAUGAAGUUACGGCAAAAAAUAUUUUAGUCAAACCAUUUUUAGUAUAGCUGAAUUACCAACUAAUAAGAAAUAACCAACAUUGAGUAUUUUUUCUUUGAUCUUUUAACAUUUGAUAUGUGCUUUAGGUGAAUUUAAAACUAAUUUAUUUAAAAUAUCUUUAUAUAAGCGUGUUAACGAAUUUCAGUGUUAUUAAAAAGCUGCAGAAUAUGUUUUAUCAGAAACAUGUAUUUUUAUAUUUUAAAAACCGAUAAAUCUAUAUUUAUAAAAUA